AUUUGUCAGCCAUUGAUAAACAUUCCUAUAUUGAUGUCAAAAUUAACCGCAAUUAACUGGUGAGAAUGGGCGAUGACAUUGAAGACUUUAUUCGUCAGCAGAAGGCAAAGAUAGCCAAUGAAAGACAAAAUUUAGAUGGAAGGCAGGCUGACAGAAGACGUGAAAGGAAGAGAUGGGAUAGAAGUGACUCGGUUGACAAGAAUCAAGACACAAGGCGUAAUGGCUAUAAAGAGAACAUCCCUCCUCGGGGGCAGACGCCCGAAGUUCCACUUGUAGCCAAGAUGGAGCCGACCACUGAGAGUGAACGGCGUAAAAAGCUACGAGAAGAGAGGAAUCGAGAAUAUAAUAGUCUUUUACAAAGGGAUGUAAGAAACCAAAAUGGCCCUGGGCCUGGCAUUUAUCAACCACCAAAAGAGUAUUCCUUGGACAAAGCUCAUAGCAGCGGCCAACAAUACAAGAGAGGAGAUCCGAUCCAGCCUCCCCCAAGAGCCCCAUCCCCGGAAAUGGAUAACAACGUUUACAGAAAAGAACAGCAAAGAUUACGUGAAAAAGGCCGCAAUGGUUUGGAUAAUAAUGAUGGAGGAGCCGCCAUGCCAGGUAUCGUGGACAGGAAUUCUGCCAAGCAAAGAAAGGUUGCGGAGAGGAAUCGUGAAUAUAAUGAGUUCUUAGAACGCCAAAAAGAAAAAGAACGCCACCGAUUUGACAAAAGUAAAGGUGGAGGCACCAGUCGCCAGGCCGACCCCAAACCGGACAAUUCCCGACCAGCUCUCUCUGAACGACCCAGGGAGCCAGAUCGCAGGGAGAGGGAACGCCGCCUUGAGGAGUAUGACAGGCAGCGCGAUUAUGACGAGCCUCCAAGGCGACGUAGGGACGAGGAUGAUUUCGAUGACAGGAGGGCACCACCGAGGGGAAGUAGACAUCAGGAUAGGUACGAUGAUAGAGAUACCUACGAGAGGUCUAGGCCUAGAGGUCGAGGUAGUCUGGACGAUGACGGACGUUUUUAUGGCCGUGGUGCCCCGCCCCCUCGUAGGGACGGUAGGUAUAGGGACAGAUACAAUGAUGACCCGAGAGACAGGCACAGGGAUGAAUGGAGGGAUCGAUACGAUGACACUGAGAGACCUAUGGAUCGGUUUCGAGGUCGAUUAGAGGACAGUUAUCGUGAUGAUCGGUCGCGCAGGCCCCCUAGUCCGUCCAGGCCAAGGCCUAAUGAGGACGAAGAGAUGUCACUUCCUCUAAGAGACCGCAGCUCUGCUAAGAGGCGAGCGGAGGAAACGAGAAAUAAGGAGUAUAAUGAGUUUUUAGAGAAGAAACGGGGCAAACCGAGGAAAGGCUGGGGGACGCCGACAUACGAAGAAAUUCUUGACGAAAAGCGGAAACAGGAACGCGAUUAUCGGCGACAUGACGACCCGGAAGUCGUCUACGGGCGUCCGAUGCGAUCAUCGUACAGCGACGGACACUUGAAUAAGAGCUUCGAGGAAGAGAGGUUAGACCAGCUCGAUAGGGAGGUCGAAGAGAAGAAAGUGAGGUUUAGGAAUGAUUUACGGCAGCCAACGGGUCGGGGCAUAUUAGACGACCGGGAUUGGCUCGAAGGGACGCGUGGACCGCCUAAAAGUCGCUAUGACCCUGAUCAAGAGUUUCAAGAAUGGGAUCGUAACUUAGGUGACAAUCGCCAACGGAUACCUACGGCAGGGAAUGUGGAACUAGCAGUUAGGCCGGUGACGAACUUCAACGACAGGCGCCAGAGGGUCACGUCUGCACCGCUAGAUGUUGGAGGUGGAGGAGCACUUCCUCUAGGUAAUGAACCCCCAGAGUCCAUCGCGAGACGGAAGGAACAGUAUCGACGUGAACUGGAACAGCAAAUGCAGGAGUCGGCGCAGAAUAAAAAAAGGGAACGUUACAAUGAGCUGCGGGUAAAUGCCACGGGCGAGGUCGAUAUUCCACACCGCAACCAGGGGCGGUCGACCACACUUGGUAACCUGAACCCCAUAAGCCCCAGGGGGAUCAGACGUGAAACACAGCCAUCCUACAACACUGCCCCCAUUCCUUCUGCACCCGAGCGUGAAAGAAGGCCCGAUCCCCGUGAGAAUCGUGAUAAUAGCUAUCUCCAGAACCAGCCGUCAUUGGGACCCUACAACACGCCAGGUGACGAGAGUUAUCAUUAUUACGGCAUGGUUGACCCCCUGUCCCUGGAACCCACAAGAACCACUGCACUGCAGUUUUCAGGCACUCCAGCUCUCAUUCCAUUAGGUGGAGGUGGAGGUGGUGGUCACCCUGCGGUUCCCCCGCUCUAUGCAAGUGAUAGAGUACCAAGGGUCACAUUCGAUGACAGCGGCGAAACAACGAGGACGACACCUCGUAAGGGGAAAUACGACUCAGAUAUGGUCUCGGCGGCGAUCCCAACGGUGGACGAUAGAGAUCAACUGAACGAGAAGCGAACAAAGGCAGCAGAAUAUCAGAGGGAGUUAGAGAGACAGAUGCAAGAACAGAAAAUGAAAAAGUUGCGAGAAAAAGCAGAGAAAGACGCGUAUGAGCGGAAGUUGGAGGAAGAGAUCCGGAAUUAUAACCCUUUUGGUCGCGGCGGUGGCGGGGCUCCUCUCAAAGACGCGACGGGAAAUAUUGUUGCUGACUUGAGAUCUCAUCAAGGAGGAGGAGGCCCGCAGCUUGGCGGCACUACUCAGGAACUAGGCGGCGGGGGUCAAAUCGCAUCGACACCACGAUCGGUCCGUAAUAACGAACCCAAUUAUCUGACCCCUCGAGGUCCGGAUGGCGAACCUACCCAUGCAAGAGGUGGACAUGGUAUAUUUGGUGCUCCCAAGACGAACGCUGAGAAGGACGUGACGGAGAAGUACAAGGAGGAACUGCGGCUACAGAUCGAGGAGCAGAAACGUCGUGAGGAGGAGAGGAGGAGGUUAGAGAAGGAGGAAGAGGAGAGGGAGCAGAGGAAGAUCGAGGCACAGCAGCAGAGGAUGAAGGAUGAGUAUGAGGCAGAGCUACAGAAGCAGAGGCAGAAGGAUGAAGAGGCUAGACGAGCGAAUGAAGAGAUAAAGAAUGCCGCUGAAAACAAGAGGUUGGAUUUGGAACGGCAGAGGAAGGAGGAGGAAGAGAAGAGGAUGGAGGAGUUGCGGAGGAACCAGGAGGAGGAUAGGCUGGCUCGUAUGGAGAAUUCCUCUUCGCCACCAAUACCGACUUUGAACAAGGAGCCGACACCUGUCAGUCAAUCAACGAAAGUACAACCUGAACAAGAGAAGCCUAUCAAACCAGUCGAAAAACCACCACAGUCACCAGUCAAACCAAAGCAGCAGAGAUCCAACUCUCCCCCUGUCCCAUCACUAAGGAAAGACCAGCAAUAUAGUCCAUCGUCAUCAAGGAUGGACAGAGACAGAGCUGGCAGCGCUACCAUUUUAACGGAGCUUGACAAAAUGAGAAAGCAGUUGCAAAAUGAGCGAAAUCGAGUAGAAUCGAGCCUCGUGAAGGACAAAUAUCAAGUUGAUGUGUUUGACCCGAGACUGGCGAAACCAAUACCCGCCAUGUCAUCUCAACCACCUCUAGUACCAAGCACACUUCAGCACCCAAUAAGCCCUAGGGAUAUUAACGUCCCCAACGCACUAAAUCGUAAAAUAGACUUCGACAUUUUCGAUGCGGCGAUAAAGAACCGUGUGCCAGCGGCGGUACGACGGCCUCAUCUCGCCGGGGAUGAGGUCCAUCCAGAAGUUUUGGAUGAGUUUCAAAAAUACAAGAAUAAGAGAACACCCUCACGCCAGAACUUCCGUAACGAUUUCCCCGAUCAGCCGACGUCCGGUUUCACGCUAGAAGCCCAACAGUUAGCCUUACUCAGGGAGCAGGAAGACCAGCUGAAUAAAAUGAGACGAAAACCGUUCGACGAUGCAUUUGUUGACGAUCUUAGCAGGAUCCCUCCAAUGGGUGACAUGGGCUCAAAGUCACAACUCCAGUCAGACAGUGCUUUCAUAGAUAUGGACGGCCUUCCCAUCAACCCCCAUGAUUACGAACGUAGCUCAUCUGUUGGCAGUCGAGUCCCGUCAGCGCGAGAGCGGCGAAGACACAGAGAAUCGCCAAAGCCUUCCGGGAGUCGAACACAGCCAGACACAACAUCGCUCGGCUCCACAACAAGUCUGGACCCGGAACGCAUCAGGAAGAAGAAUGACGAUCGUUUGAAAAGACUCAACGCCAUAGCUGGUGAUGGAAAUAAGAGCAGUCCCCCAACGUCUCCUAAAAAGAAACCAUCACCAUCACCAGUUCAGGAAGGAAUGGUCAAUAGGGGAACAUCCAGACCAAGGUCAUCAUCCAUUGAAGAAACUUCACCGAUUCGGAGACCACGACCUGCGAAGACGCAACCUACCCCAAGGAAAGGAAGGGUGUCAACCCCUGUUACUAAACACGCAACUGUCAAUGGCGCACCACCUAGGCCACCUAAAGUACCUCCGAGACCUCCACGCGAGAGGUCGCCUGAAUCAUUUGCAUCAACACCUCCUCCAAGACUGCCUCCUCCGCGGUCGAAACGGACCCCAAGGCGUUUCACCCCAAGCCCACCUCCUCCUGUACCUCCAAGGCACUCUUAUAGUAAGUCACAAGACCGCUCACACCCAGCAACUAUGGCCAGUCCUUACCUCAAAGGGAAAACACCACGGAGGGUUCAGACCCCUGAUAGUCGAUUAGGGCACGGUGCCGACGACGUUUCACUCCAAGAUCCUGAUGACAUCAUUGAUAGGUUUAUCUCGAAACAACAACACAACAGACCGCCUUCUGGGACUACCCUCGGUGAUGAUGAGGAGGCUUGGCUUAGGCCAAGCAAAUGAGAGCAUCGGCUUUACGAAUAGAACCCUUCCCUUUCAAGAUGCAGAAAGAAGGACUGUUCACGAUAUGUAGUGUGUGCUCAGGGCAUUGUAUUGACUUUAGGCCUGAAUCAGGCGGUUGCUUUACUCACAAUUCACAAACUGCAUACAUUGCAGAAUCAUCAAUUCAGAAAUGCUCAUUAAAGAUGAAAGGAGGUAUCGUCUAAUUGCUGCAAAUUGUAUGCAAUGAGCUUCAAGGCUUUUAGUAUACAGUAAACGUAUAGACAUAUAUGGUUGCAGUAAAAAUCGGUGAAUUUUUAUGUCCAGAAAUUUACACCUUCUAUUAAUCAGUAAAAGUGCGUCCAUCUCAAGAUAGUCAUGACAGUAUAAGCAAUCCUGCCAUUUUAACCAAAUACAUGUAGUAUUUUAUGAUGCUGUUAGCAUCGUCCAGCAGGGGGAAUUCAUUUUGCAUUGAAGUUAGAUCCAUCCAUUCUGGUGUCUAGUAUUCUACUGUGUUAACAGGAUUAAGCCAGUCGAGGUGAUGGCAUCUUUGACCAAUUACAGGUAAAAUCAAGCUUUUGUCCAUAGGCUUCUCAACUGGCUUAAACAUGUUGACACAGUAUCAGAAUACUGUGUUUGUUGAUAGAGUGUACAAGAUUUUAGAAUAAUUUUAAAGCUAUACACACUGUCCAUUUCAAAGUUUGAGAAGUGUUUUAAUCCAAAAAAUUGAUUCCAUCCAUUAAGAGCAAGAAUUCGAAAAGACUACUCUUUAUCAAUUCUUGAUACGAGUGAUACAGUCCAAAUCACUGUUAACAUCCCUUAUAUAUCACGUGGAACUGGCGCAAAGCAGAAGGGAUGUUAAUUGUGAUUUGGACUGUAGUAAUCCACGAAGCUGCUGUGUAACUGUAUCUCCGUUGUAAAUAUUCUUUUAAAGGUUUGCCAAUUACUGUGAAAUCACUGAUUUCACAUAUUGAUUUCAUAUUGAACUUGUUUGGCUUGGUUGUGUAAAACUAAUCAUGAAUACCAGAUUGGCUUCAUAUGUAGCAUGUAGGAGAAACUACUUAUAAUUGAGUUUCACAUGAUCUGAUGGGUAAAAUGAUGUCAACUUUUACUCUGUGACCAGUUGUUGAAAAUAGGGUAAUAGUCAGGGCUGUCGAAAAUCCACCCUUUUUGGGGCCAUUGUAUGAUGUGAUACUCCAGUUAACUGGUAUAUCAUUGGGUGUUUCUUUCUUUCUAUCAUCAAAUCUUAUGUAAAUAAGAUCAAAGCAAGAGCUGGUCUCUGUUUAAGAUUAUUUAUGUUUGUUAAGACUUCAUGACAUUUUAUCAGAGCUUUAUGUGCACACUAGGGCCGUUUAGACGACGCGAAAAAAUCCGGAUGCGUCCCGAAUCCGGAUUAAUUUUUCGUCGUGUAAACGCAAAAAGAUCCGGAUCAAUGUGGUUGCAUCCGGACUAAAAAGGUACCAUCGCCUUGGGUGGUUUUAAUCCGGAUUCAUCCAGAUUCGAUCCGAAUGCGGUCUUUUCGCCUGUCGUCUAAACGGCCCUAAUGGUAUACAGGGUGUUCAAAAAAGCUGUCUCUUUUUUCCACUUUUCCUCUCGGGUUAAAAUAUGUUUUCCCACCAUUCAAAUAUACUACCAAAGUACAGAGGUAUAUUUUUUCAGGCUUUGAAAAUGAUUUCCCAUGUGCCCUGUUCCUCCAAUAAGAGGCGAAGGUCAACCUUAUUACCUAACUCUUACGAGGUAAAUUUUAAAGAAACUUCACCUAGGGGAUCAAGGAUGUUAAUGAGUAUAUCCUUGAGGGUUUGUUUUUUUUAAAUGUGGAGCAGUUAUGAAGAAAUUGAUUUGUUAGUACUGUAUUUUGAGUGAGUUUCAUUGAGAACAGGGGCUAUUUCAUAAGUCAAGUGCAAGGAAAUGCUAGUAAGGGGUGUUAACAUCUUAAUGAUUUAGAUCCCCUUUCAGCCCUGAUCAAACUAAAGGCAGAAGGAUUACUUGUGUUGACCAUAAGAAUCCAUGAUUGACAGCUCUUGUGAGUUGACAUCUUUUCAUGAACACCCUGUACAAACCAGAAUGAUAAAUGAUCCUCUCUUGAAUAUAUUGUUUUGUCGAUGUCAUAAAUUUAUACAUAUACUUUGUUAAAAGUACUUCUUAGACUUGAAGUAUAGUAGUCCUUUAAUUUAUAAAGAAACACCUCUGCAUGAAGGACACCCUUCAAGGAAAUAAUAUUGUCUGUAUUAGUGAGGUGUUCUGAUAUCAAAAUUGAAUAAAAAAGAUGGGUUGUGGACCAAAAUAGUGUCCUUAAUAGAGAAAGUGUCCUGCUGACGGUGGUGAAGUGCUAAUUGUGAUAUGAAUCUUUGCUUUUAUGUAAGAAGUUCCGAUAUUGGGGUACCGUUUGCCGUGUGCUUCUCCACUUUGGGUUCAUUUUAUAAAGGAAAAGAGAUUUUACGUCAAUUGGCCCUCUCUCUUAUGAAAAAAUUUGAAUCUAAAUCUGGUAUGAAACCAGCGGUUGUAAUACUAGUAACUCAUUUUAAAUGCAUGUGUGUACAAACUGUGAACCUACUUGUAGAUACAUGUAUAAUAAAACUAUUUUAUAGACCUA